AUGCCCCUCUUGCCCCGGCUUCUUCUGUUUCCCAAGCAGCAGUUCCGCUUUCUGUCUGUAUCAAUCUCUGGCACUAGAUCCAUGUCAUCUCGACAGCAGCCGCCAUGGCGGCAACCUGCCUCGCACCCCGAAGCGCAGCAACUCCCGCCUUUGAAGGUGUGGAACUCCUUGACUAAGUCUAAGACACCCUUUAUUCCGAUCGAUCCUGCCGGCAAGAAGGUGACCUGGUACGCGUGUGGGCCGACUGUUUACGACGAUUCGCAUCUGGGACACGCCCGAAACUAUGUGUCCACCGAUAUCAUCCGGCGCAUUAUGCGCGACUACUUCAAGUUCGAUGUCCACUUUGUGAUGAACAUAACAGACGUGGAUGACAAGAUCAUUCUGCGCGCCAGACAGCAACACCUUUUCAACGAGUUCGUCGCAAUCAACCCCACCAUCACACCGGAGGUGCUCGACACCACAAAGAAAGCGUAUGCGGCUUACAUCAAGAAGAGUCUCCCUCUUUUGACUCCCGACCUCGCCCCUGCCGAAUACCAAAAAGAGGUGGAGAAGGCUUACGCUACAGUACUGAGCGGCGGAGCUCUGGCCGGCAACGAGAAGCCAGGCGAUGACGAAGCUAAGGUCAAGAUGCAUAUCAAGACGGUGGCAUCGGCUGCAAAGGUUCUUGCUCAAGCAGAGACCAGCACAGCUGCCGACUCCCCGUUGCUCGCCGAGUCUUUCUACACCAACGCUCAGGAUGUUCUCCUCCCUUACCUGGAUGCCUUGAAAGGUGCAUCAAUUGACGCCAAUGACCAUGGAAUCUUUACAAAGCUUACCCGCAAAUACGAGGAGCGAUUCAUGACAGAUAUGCGCGAUCUUAAUGUUCUCGACCCUGACGAGCUGACCCGUGUCACGGAAUAUGGCGCUGAGAUUGCUGAUUUCGUCGAGCGUAUUGUGAAGAAUAACUUUGGAUAUGUGACCAAGGACGGCUCGGUGUAUUUCGAUAUUAACGCCUUUGAGAGUGCAGGACACGCAUAUGCCCGCCUUGAGCCAUGGAGCCGCUCUGAUAAUAAGCUGGCUGCAGAGGGAGAGGGAGCUCUUACUAGCAAGACCACCGAGAAGCGCGGUGCUUCCGACUUCGCUCUCUGGAAGUCUUCCAAGCCCGGAGAGCCAAGCUGGGAUAGCUCCUGGGGUAAGGGUCGCCCUGGCUGGCACAUCGAGUGCUCGGCUAUGGCGUCUGCCCGACUUGGCAAACAGAUGGAUAUCCACUCGGGUGGUAUCGAUCUUGCUUUCCCCCACCAUGAUAAUGAAUUGGCUCAGAGUGAGGCAUACUUCCACAACCACGAACAGUGGGUUAACUACUUCUUGCACAUGGGCCACUUAUCUAUCCAGGGCUCCAAGAUGUCCAAGUCUUUAAAGAACUUUACCACUAUUCGUGAAGCACUAGAGCGCAAGGACUGGACAUCAAGAAGCUUGCGUAUUGUGUUCCUUCUUGGUGGUUGGAAGGAGGGUGUGGAGAUUACUGAUGAGCUUGUCUCUGCAUGCAGUUCCUGGGAGGAUAAGGUGAAUAACUUCUUCAUCAAAGUAAAGGACGCUGCUGCCCUCCAGGGCUCUUCCUCUGAUGACACCUUUGGUGCCGACUUGGAGGAGGCUAAAACUGCCGUCGACACUUACCUCUGUGAUUCCUUCAACACUGUGGGUGCUAUGAACGCCAUCUCAGAGCUCAUCACCAAAUACAACACCGCCGACAAGGCUACUAUCAACCCGAACGAUGUCAAGGCUGCCGCCCAGUUCGUUACUCAAUUGGUAAACAUCUUCGGUCUCAACGGGUCUGCUCCUGCCGACACCACCGAGAUUGGAUGGUCGGGUAUUGACGUCCCCGAGGAGGCCAAGCCUUUCCUAUUCCCCCUUUCUACCAUGCGCGAUACUCUCCGCCAAGCUGCACGCUCAAAGGAGGGGAUUUCCGCUCAGGUGAUCGAACAGGCUACUAAGGAUUCAGUACCCCAGGAUGUAUCUGACUUCGCCAAGCCUUACGCCGAGGUCCUCUCCAACUUCCGUGCCUCGGCCUCUGCUCUGCAAUCAUCCGAAACCAUCGGAAAGGAUAUUCUGGCUCUCUGUGAUCGCGUCCGUGACAUCGAUCUCUUUGAUCUCGGCUUGUACCUUGAGGACCGUGAUAAUCUCCCCGCUCUCAUCCGCCCCGUAACCCGCGAAAUGAUCCAGGCUCGCGAAGAGAAGGCCGAGCGCGCUCGCCAAAAGAUCCAAGCCCAGAAGGCCAAGGAAGAGGAAGCUCUUAAGAAGCUGGAGAAGGGCAAACUCAGCCAUCUGGAGAUGUUCCGCUCCAACGAGUACAGUGCCUGGGACGAUGAGGGCCUGCCCACCCGCGACGCGGCUGGAGAAGAGAUCACCAAGAGCCGGGCAAAGAAGCUCCGCAAGGACUGGGAGCGUCAGAAGAAGGCUCAUGAGGCGUGGUUGGCUAGCCAGGCCAAAUAG